UCCAGCAACCCCCACCACCUCCCCUCCCCUCCCAAGCAGCGUCUGGCGGACAAAGUAUCAAAGUCCCUGGCGAAUAGGUCGCAGCGGACAGUACGCUUCUUCCUUUCGAAAAGAAUCAGCGAAUGGUCGAGUGUUGAAAAUGAAAGUGUUAAUUUUCGCCGCUGUUGCGGUAUUCUGCGUCCAAUCUGUGCUCACCGUCGACACACACGAGCACAACAAGGUUGUGUGCUACUGGAAUACCACGGCCUUCGAUCGACAAGGGCCAGGAAAGUUCCAAUUGGACGACGUCCAGUCGGCUCUCUCCCUCUGCACGCAUUUGAUCUAUGGAUUCGCGGGGAUUAACGCAGAGACGUUCGAAAUUGUCCCUUUGAAGCCAACACUGGACACAGGGGCAGGUUAUUCGUAUUACAAACUCGUCACUCAGCUGAAGAGAACAUUCCCAAACCUCAAGAUCUAUCUCAGUGUCGGUGGAAACGCUGACCCCGAAGACGAGACUCACAAAUAUCUCGUUCUUACCGAGACAUCGCAAUCAAGAUCGAAAUUCAUCAACUCUGUGAAUCGGCUCCUCAACGAUUACGAUUUCGACGGGAUCGACCUGGCCUGGCAAUUCCCCCCCGCGAAAGUAAAGAAGGAGCGUGGCACGUUUGGAUCGAUCUGGCACGGCAUCAAGAAGACUUUCGGCUACGGUAAAUUCAAGGACGACAAAGAGGUGGAGCAUCGCGACGGUUUCACCAUCCUGGUCCGUGACUUGAAGGCCCAGCUCAGGCCGAGAAUGAAGGAUUUGACGAUCGGCGUCCUGCCUCACGUGAACAGCAGUGUUUAUUAUGAUGCGAGAUUGUUGGCGCCCAACAUCGACGCCGUCCACCUUUACUUCGAUCAAAAGUCACCGGAACGGAAUCCAAAGGAAGGCGAUUAUCCAGCGCCCAUCUACGAGAGUUACGGUCGUGUUCCUCAGGACAACGUAGAUUCGACGGCCAGGUACUGGCUCGAGAACGGGACUCCCGGCUCUAAGAUCGUUGUUGGGAUUCCAACCUAUGCCCGUACGUGGAAGCUCACGUCGGACAGUCAAAUAUCAGGGGUGCCACCCAUCGUGACGGACGGGCCGGGGGCUGAAGGGCCGCAUACCAACACGCCUGGCCUUCUCUCGUACGCGGAAGUUUGCUCCAGGCUGACAGAGUCCGCGGUGGGCCGUUUGAGACGCGUCGGCGACCCGUCCAAGAAGUAUGGCAGUUACGCGUACCAACCUUACAACGAGAACACGGGUGAGGAUGGAAUUUGGGUCGGUUACGAGGAUCCUGACACGGCUGGGAACAAGGCGGCCUACGCCAAGGCGAAAGGCUUGGGCGGGGUGGCCAUUUACGACUUGUCGUUGGACGACUUCCGCGGUGUCUGCACCGGGGACAAGUAUCCUAUAAUAAGGGGCGCCAAGUACAAGCUGUAAAAAGUUACUAGAGACUGUCGAGGAAAUAUAU